AUGAGUCUCUUCAUCAAUUUCGUCAAUGAUAUCAAAUCAUCUGAUCCGAGUGGUGUUGGUUUACUUCAUCUUGUCUUGAACGGCAGCCGUGACCGAACUCCCAAAGCCUUAAGAGCAUUCGAUCCAGAGCCGGACGACACACUAGGCAUCUCGCGAUAUACACUUGAGACCUUCAAGGGGUGUAUUGCAGAUCUGCAAUCCGUAUGGUUUAUUAAGUCUUUGCCUGAAAGUGCUCGUGUUGGUCUGAGCCCUUCACAUUUACAUGCGGGUCUCAAUCGAGCAACGCCGCUAUUCCCACAUGGUAUUGAAUUUGAUUUGUUCAGCUUGGAUCCGCGGCCAAUUCAACCAAGCAUGAAGAAAAACGAAGUAAUAUGGGGCGACCCCAGAGAUGUUGUCCAUGCAUGGGUGGACAUGGAAAAGAAGCUAGGCUUUCACAACGAAGGCAGCAGUGAUAAUGAACUUACCCGUGAAAUCUCCCAUCUCCUCACGGUAGGAGCUACACGCCGGGCUCCGCAUUGCCCUACGCUUGAGGUCAGAUGUGAUCGAACUAUGGAUCAAUUCCUGCAAUUGGAGCGGGACAGAGUGCACAAGAAAUAUCGGGAUGGAGAGUUUAAGGGUUGGAAGGAACCCGAAAAACGGGAGAAGAACCUCUUGUCGGCGGCAGGAUUUUGGGUUUUCCCACUUGGGACGUUUGAUACUUGGCAACAUAUUAUAAUGGAAAAGGGGUAUCAGGACCUGAGGGGCCUGCAACCGGGAUUGGGGCUUUUCGAACUGCCGCAACAGAUGGAGAAGACUGACCUAUUCUAUUGUGAGAGCCCCUGGGCAUAA